AUGAGCAACAGUGCAGACUCUGACAAAUUGUCCAGUGUAGAUGACCAAGAAAAUCUGGAGCUGGCGGUACCAAAGCAUAGCGACAAUGGUGAACCAGCAGAAGAGGUGAAAUCUGUUCCGAGUACUCCUAAAAGAGGCAUGAAUGUUAACCUAGCAUUGCAGGUAAAAAAUAACAGAUACAGUGCUUCGUUAAGCCCUGGUGUGAACGAAGACUUGCCUAUGCCAGAUAAACUUCUGCAUAAGUUAGCUACCAAAAAGCAUCACAUUCAAGAACUUAAAUCCCAAUUAGCUCAGGCAGAGGCAGAGUUGAAGGAAUUAGAAGAGGCAGUCGUGCGGCAUGUAGGACGCUCGAGAGACACCCCGAAGAGGAGUGAGCAUAAUGAACCUACUCAAGAUUUUAAGACAUUAAUACAGAAGAAGCUUCAGUCGAUAGAUAGCAGUCCCGCUGUGGUCAAAAGUCAGAAGUUUAUAAGCAAUCUUUUCAGCGACAUGAAUUCCGCACAUUCAGCUAAGGCUGAGGAAAGUGCACCUAAGCCAUCUACUGUUGGUAAUAAUAAAGGUGUUUCCGGUUUUUUGAAUAAAAUGAAAACUCGUUUCCAGGAAUUUAGUUUCGAUGGCGAAGAGGAAAAUGAUUUUGAUGAAGGUAGAAAAGAUCUGAACCGGUUCCACUUAAGUGAUAAAUAUGAAUAUGAUUCUGAUGAGGAGAUCCCUAUAGAAGAAGUAGAUCAUAAAUUUGCGUCAGUACCUAAAGAUACAUACAAAAGGCUUGGUUUCAGGAAUUUAUAA